AUGAAGGUCAAUCCACGCGUGUUCUUUGACAUUGAUAUUGACGGAAAAAGGAUCGGCAGAAUAAUCUUUGAAUUGUUCGCAGAUGAAGUCCCUCAAACUGCUGAAAACUUUCGUGCCCUAUGUACCGGUGAAAUGGGCUUGGGCAAAGUAAGCAAUAUGCCACUCCAUUAUCGAGGAUCGAUCAUCCAUCGCGUGAUCAAAGGCUUUAUGGCCCAAGGUGGUGACUUCACGCGACGUAAUGGCUCUGGAGGCGAAAGUAUCUACGGUGCGACGUUUUCCGACGAAUCGUUUGCACGAAAACAUACCACGCACGGCUUGCUCAGUAUGGCGAAUCGAGGACCUAACACGCAAUCAUCCCAGUUUUUCAUCACGACUCGACCUACUCCACACUUGGACGGAAAACACGUUGUAUUUGGUAGAGUUGUCUCUGGCUAUGAUAUCGUACAGAUUAUUGAAAACGAACAGGUGGAUGAACGCGACAGACCUCUGCAAACCAUCAUGAUUGGCAACUCAGGAGAACUGAUGCUCAAACUACCACCGGGAGUCAAACGUGAGUGUUUGUUUAACGGGUGUUGUUAA